UUAGCCAUUAGCUAACAGAUAAAUUCCGAAACACCACAAUGUCUCAUUCAGGAGAUUGACACAUCCGUAUGAACAACUCCUUUUUCUGGGUGAAAUGAUAUGUGUUGUUAAUGUUGUUAUCUUAUUCAGUGGCUUCAGGUCACAUGAUACAAACUCGAAUUUAAGUCGUUACAUCAUAUUUUGAUUUCAAAUUGUUUAAAUUCUGGCAUCCAAAUCCAUAUGAAUAUUGAGUCGCGUUUGCUGCUGUCUGUUUAUUUCUAAUGUUGUUUUGACUGUGUUUGCUCACAUGAUGUUUGUUUGUGCCUUUGUUUGUCUGAUUAUAGGCCGAAAUAGUCCAUGAUAAAACAGUGCAUGCAGUCAACGCUGAUGUCGGACAAAUCUCUGAAUCUUGGCUAUAAACAUAGAUAAACAUAGGUGUGACUGAAGACUGAGAGGCUUCUACAAAGCAAAGCAACUCUUAUAUCAGGAUCACUGGCUGAUGAACAAAGCGUUUGACACUAAGCAUUCGCAACCAUCCCAGGAGGCGCGGAACAUGAAUUGUGGGGAGACUGUCAACACCAACAGCGCAAAAUCAGCAGACGCGCUGGCCCAUCCACUUAAGCCAAUAGAGCAAGUCAUGAAAAGUGGAGAGGAAGUGUCAGCUGAGGAGGACCUGGAUAAAAACCAAAGGGCUCCAGUUGACCUCCUACACAAGUUUCUCCAAGCUUUGAACAAACCGGAUCUGCAUCUGGCUAGAAACCUGUGUCGGAUGAUACUUGUGUAUGAGCCAGACUAUCUGGAGGCGCGAGAGUUUCUCUCGCUCAUCAAGAAGAAACUGCAAGAAGACAAAGACGAGGACAACGAUGACGAAGAAACCACUAGCAGCAGCUCCACGUCAACGUCUGUUGAUGAGGAAGAAACUGAUGAAUGACGGCUGUGUUUCAUGAAUUCGUGUUGGUUACUGGCACCUGUUCCGAGCCUAAUUCUUACAGAAGAAACCCUCGAGUGGAGCUUCGUCCUGGAUCAUCUAUUGCACUUUUAAGUGUGAAUCCUAAAGUGACUCAUGCAUGAGAAAAAGUAUAAAUGAUGAUUCAUUUUUAAAGCCAAAAGAGAAUCCACUGUUUUCUGCUGAGCAAAAG